AACAAAAAGAAAAAGAAAAGAAAAAAAACUCUCCUUAAUUGAAAAAUAAAUGUGACCAAAAACACAUUCAAGAUAAAAUUUCCAACAAUUAAGAAGGAAGAUAUCUAAAUAAGUGAAAUUGAGAGGAGGGGUGUCCCCUGCCUUUGCACAGCAUUUCAUAUUUUAUAAAAAUAUCACCCUCAAUGGAAAGGAAUGGGAGUAGUAUAAUAAUUUAAACUAUGUAAUAGCAAAGAAGAGAUCAUUUAUUAAAAAAAGAAAAAACAAACAAAAACAGCCUCCUCCCAUAUCUGGGUCCCCUCCCAUUCUACCUAGCCAUAUAAAGCUUCAUAAUAUGUUUACGAGAUCUAAAUAAUCAGAUACCUGCCCUGAUAUACCCGUACAAUGAUGAUCAUACUUUAUACACUUCUCCUCUUUCCAAUUGGACGAUGUGCACAAGAACAUACAACAGAAACUGUUUCUGUUGGAGCAGAUGUCACUCUAACAUGCAGCCGGAGACCCAGUUCUUCAGGUUACCUCUUCUGGAUGAAAGUUGUUGCUGGAAAUUUGCCUGAAGUCUUAGCAGCAACUUAUACUUUUGAUAGCAACAUUGCUAACUCUACACCUCGCAUCACAACAAAACAAGAACCAGGAACUUUUCUUCUCCACAUAAAGCAAACAGAGCUGAAAGACACUGCUUUUUACUACUGUGAGGAAAUAAUAGAUCUACAGAGAACCCUUUGGAAUGUGACUUUUGUGAAAGUUAAAGGACCAGAAGCUGAAAUUACCACCGUUGUUCAAGAGCCUCCAUCGCUUCCAGUCCACCAAAGAGACUCUGUGACUCUUCAGUGUUUGGUCCAGUCUGAAUCUGAUGACCAUGCAAGUUCAGAUCAUCACAGUGUUCACUGGUUCAAAGCCAACGAUGAUGAAUCUCCUCACAGUAAACUUUAUGUUCAUGGAAAAUCUGCAAGUAAAUGUGAGAGGAUUCCUGAGACCCCAUCUGUGAGGAAAUGUGUCCACAACUUUUCACUGAGCGAUGUCGGCUCCUCUGAUGCAGGAACGUAUUACUGUGCCGUGGUCACUUGUGGAAACCUACUGUUUGGAAAAGGAACAAAACUGGAAAUUGAAGGAUCCUUAUUGGUCUCUCAUUCUCUUGGGACCAUUAUAUUGAUUGUCCUCCUGUGUGCUGCUUUGGCCAUCAGUGUGAUAGUUAUUGUCCGACUAAAUCAAACCAACAAUAAACUAAGGAGAGGCACCACUGAAGCUACUGCAGAUUCUGAAAUAGCUGUUGCUCAACAAAGUCAGGCAACAAAUGAAAAUGGUUUGAUUUAUUCUGCACCAAAUUUUGCAAAGAAAAAGGCUGAGCAAAAAGGAACGAGAGGUGCAAAGGCAGCAGAGGGACAAAUCAUCUACGCUGGUGUCCGGACGUUGGGGUAUGAAUAGUAGCGUCAUCUAACUCACAGCCUGAAGAAGAACUUGAUGAUAUAUCAUUCAAAACAAUUCUAAUUCCCUUCUGGAUUGACAUGAGUACAUGUGAGAAUCAUUUUAUUAUACAUUUAAUUGGAUAGUUUGACACUUUUUUGCUCUGUUUGCCCCUUUAUUAUAUGUUAAGUCUGAAUUUACUGCUUUGUACUGUUGCGGCUGUGUCUCUGUGGUGACUAUCUGCAUUUUCAUUUGCUGCCCUGAGAAAUUGGGUCUCAUAUAACAAAAUUAAGAGAUGUAGCAAAUUUACAAGUUGCUUAAUUAACAACAACUGCCACUGGCAACAAUAAGAACUAAACAAAGAAAGAAAUAAUGAAAGAUUCCUAAGUGUUAUAAGUUUAGACUAUG